AAGCACAGGACCGCAUCCCUCUGACCGCAGGAGUGACUCAAUCUUUAUGAGUCAACUAGAUCUCCUGAGAACACUGAAGCCAUGAAGAUGGAGGCGGAAGGCAGUAGGCACUAGAUCACAGGAUGCGCUUCCCAUGGAGCAGAACUUCUUACUGUGUGGUGCCUGGCCUAGCAGCAACAGCGUCCGGGACUCUGCUAAAAAUACAAAGCCUGGGACCCCAUGCCACAGGUUGUGAAGACUGCAGAAAGAUAACUUGGAACCCAGUCCCAUACGUAUAAUAAAGACAUACUGGUCUUCAUGGAAGAAGAACAAGAUUUACCAGAGCAACCAGUGAAAAAAGCCAAGAUGCAGGAACCAGGAGAACAAACUUUAAGUCAAGUUAGCAGCCCGGAUGUCAGUGAUCAGAAACCUGAAACAUCAAGCCUUGCUUCAAACCUUGCCAUGUCAGAGGAAAUUAUGACAUGCACCGAUUACAUCCCUCGCUCAUCCAAUGAUUAUACCUCACAAAUAUAUUCUGCAAAACCUUAUGCACAUAUUCUCUCAGUUCCUGUUUCGGAAACUGCUUACCCUGGGCAGACUCAGUACCAGACACUACAGCAGCCUCAGCCCUAUGCUGUCUACCCUCAGGCAACACAAACGUAUGGACUACCUCCUUUUGGUGCGUUGUGGCCAGGUAUGAAACCCGAAAGUGGUUUAAUUCAGACUCCAUCUCCAGGUCAACACAGUGUUCUUACCUGCACUACAGGGUUAACCACAAGCCAGCCAAGCCCAGCACAUUAUUCUUACCCCAUUCAAGCUUCAAGCACGAAUGCCAGCCUGAUCUCCACUUCCUCCACAAUUGCCAAUAUUCCAGCAGCAGCAGUCGCCAGCAUCUCUAACCAGGACUAUCCCACCUAUACUAUUCUUGGUCAGAACCAAUACCAGGCCUGCUACCCCAGCUCCAGCUUUGGAGUCACUGGCCAGGCUAACAGUGAUGCUGAGAAUUCCACACUAGCAGCUACCACCUACCAGGCAGAGAAGCCUAGUGUCAUGGUACCUGCACCAGCAGCACAGAGACUUUCCUCUGGAGACCCUUCUACAAGCCCAUCCUUAUCCCAGACCACACCAAGUAAAGAUGCUGAUGAUCAGUCCAGGAAAAACAUGACUGGCAAGAACCGGGGCAAGAGGAAAGCUGAUGCCAGUUCUUCCCAGGACAGUGAAUUGGAACGGGUUUUUCUGUGGGACUUGGAUGAAACCAUCAUCAUCUUCCAUUCUCUUCUUACUGGAUCCUAUGCCCAGAAGUAUGGCAAGGACCCAACAGUAGUGAUUGGCUCAGGUUUAACAAUGGAAGAAAUGAUUUUUGAAGUGGCUGAUACACAUCUGUUUUUCAACGACUUAGAGGAAUGUGACCAGGUACAUGUGGAAGAUGUGGCUUCAGAUGACAAUGGCCAAGACUUGAGCAACUAUAGUUUCUCAACAGAUGGUUUCAGCGGGUCUGGUGGCAGCGGUAGCCACGGCUCUUCAGUUGGCGUCCAGGGGGGAGUGGACUGGAUGAGGAAACUGGCUUUCCGUUACCGAAAAGUGAGAGAGAUCUAUGAUAAGCACAAGAGCAACGUGGGGGGUCUCCUCAGUCCCCAGAGAAAGGAAGCACUGCAGAGACUAAGAGCAGAGAUAGAAGUUUUAACAGACUCAUGGUUGGGAACUGCAUUAAAGUCCUUACUUCUGAUCCAAUCCAGGAAGAAUUGUGUGAAUGUUCUGAUUACUACCACCCAACUGGUCCCAGCCCUGGCCAAGGUUCUCCUCUAUGGACUGGGAGAAAUAUUUCCUAUUGAAAACAUCUAUAGUGCUACCAAAAUUGGUAAAGAGAGCUGCUUUGAGAGAAUUGUGUCGAGGUUUGGAAAGAAAGUCACAUAUGUAGUGAUUGGAGACGGGCGAGAUGAAGAAAUCGCAGCCAAGCAGCACAACAUGCCUUUCUGGAGGAUCACAAACCACGGAGACCUAGUGUCCCUUCACCAGGCUUUGGAGCUUGAUUUUCUCUAAGAACUGGAAUACAGAGCCUUCCUCCUGAGCUCCUUUUCACUCUGAAGGGAGCCAGAGGCCCAGUCACCUGGGAACUUGGAACACUCUCCCUGCCCCUUCCUCCCUCCCUGUCUCCCUCCCCGCCCUCCCCACCUCCUUCUCCAUGGAAUGCUGGCGAGAACACAAUCAGAACCAACAGCUACAACUUCUGCUAAGAGUGACCCGCGGCCCGGUGUUCAUCCUUGUACAGAUGCGGGGAACAUUGGGAUAGAGACAACAGUAGACUCACUGCAACUACAGUGCUUUUAAUUCUUCUGUGUUUUGUUUCCAAAAAAUGAAGAAAAAGAAAGGCAGUUCUUGGGGCCUAGUUGGACUGUUGGUCUCUGGCCAGUCUGUGCGCUCUCUUAACCGAUGGUGAGAGGGGAGCUGCAGCAAGCAGCCUUUCAUAAGAACGUCUCCUGUCUCCUGCAGUCUUUUAAGACCCUUAGCUACAGAACUUUUUCCCAGGAAUGUGUAUGUUAUUUUUAUAGGUAAGGGUCUGGUCUGUGAAGCAGGUUUUCCCCAUUUCUCUGUUUCUAGCAAGAAAAGGGCAUAGGAAGUUUCUGUGGAAAUAGUAAAUGAAAUAUUGGAAAUACCUCUCUGUGGCCGCAGCACCUCUUUAGUUGCUCCAGUGGUCUGCUUUCUGGAAUGUUCCCUUCUGCCGUGGGGCACUGGACACUGAUGAACUUCAGGCUUUGGCAGUUCGCAUCCUAGAAGCCUUAGUUCCCUUGCUAGUCCCUCUUCCCCUCUAACCACACGGCACCCCUGGAGACUCCUUCCUUUAAAUCCUAAGCGUUCAGCGUGACUCUACAUUCAGAGACUGUCCCAGGAGGCUUCACCUCCACACCGGGUAGAAGGGACUUGGGUUUCUUAGGAAUUUCAGCUUCUUUGGCUUUCAGGUCAGGAGGGUUCCACCUGUUCCUCCUAUAGAGAAGCACCUCCACCAGAAGCUCACCCUGCCUCCUCUGUCCUAGCAGAUGCUGCCGUCUGACCUCACGUGCAGCCCUGGCCACGCCCUGCCCAAGGGGUCAGAAUGAAGUCCAAGAACAGGCUUCUCACUGCUUCCUGUGAGGAAGCCCUUCAGCCACACGCGGGAUAGCCCAGGCACCUCUUUACCCAGAUCUCAGCCUGGAAGUGGAGUGCACAUUGCUGUAAUCAAUACCCAGUUCCCCAUAGAACACUGCACUCUUCAACUCCCAUUUGGAAAUGGGAAGGAGAGAAAUCUUUCCUGAUUUCAGUGAGGGCGCUGGCUGCCUUACUUUAUGUCCCCUGGGAAGCUGAGUGGAGGCCUGGGCUGUAGUCGCAACCUUGUAGCCCAGCCCUGUGCUGGUUGCCUCAUCUCUCCAGGACCAGCCCAGGCCCCUACUCAAGCAGGAUAAAGCGCCCCAAGCUGAGGAGCUGUAGCUUUCCUGGCUCCACAGACAGGCUGCUGUGUAAGCGCCUCCCACAUGCAGCCUUGGUCCUCAGCGAGAACAAGCUCUUUGACCAACCCCUGCUCUAACUGCUUAUCCCCAGAGAGAUGCUGCCCAGGGCAAGCCAGGUUGCCCAUAUCAGGAGAGGCCGCGCAGACACUCCUUUCAGAGCUGAAGGGAAAGUGCUUCGUGACUCAGUUUAAGAGGGGAGUUUUGGGAGAGGAGCUAGGUUGGCACGCAUCACUCGGUCACCUCUCUGGCCGCAUUUCCAGGUGAGGUGAGGGGGAAGGAGGAGUCCGAGUCAGACCUGCUGGGUCUGUGCAGCCCAUGGUCCAUCUUAGAAGCUCUGGGUGGAUUUUACUUUCAUGCCUCAGGUGCCCCCAUUGCAGUAUCACUAUUUCUUGCCCUGGACAAAAGCCCCCUGUUGGUGCUGAGUGGGCUGUGGGCUUAGGAGGCUGCACGCUGGCACCCCACGCACGCAUGCCACGCACACUUUCCCCACCUGCGGCAGGCUCUUUAUUAGAAUGACUCGGACUCCUGUUCAGUGGCCUUUUUCCUCUUGCCCUGACUUCUCAGCUUAGCUCUUUUUUUCAAAAGGGACUUGAACUUGGCGAGGAGCAGUGAGGGGGCUCUAAGAGCAGCCUGUGCUCCAUCCCGGCAGCUGGCACCCUGGGUCAGGGCAGACAGCGGGAGCUUCCUGGCCCUGUCCAAGGGAUCUGUCCAGGGAGCAAGCACCGCCCUUCUCACCACCUCCCUGGCACAGACACCAGGAAGGAAGAGGAGCGGAAAGCAUCAAGAGCUGUUGGAAGCUGCGGCCAAGGGUACUGUGGGUCUUUUCAGCAAGAGGCCGCCCCUUUACUGGAACAAGUGCCUGUGAAACUGGCCAAGUGAGUCCUUCAGCCCCGCACCAUGGUUCCUAAGGGUGGUCCGGACCUCUCGUGGCCAGGGCUGUCUGGUGGCUCUGGAGGUAUCAGAUGUGUCCUAGGGUAAGAGGUGGCUUGACUUUCGAAUGUAAAAUUGUGCCUUAGCAUCACCCUGUUCUGUACCCCUGGGCAGCUGGUGGUGACCAGGAGAGAGGACGCCUCCUCUACACUUAGGUGCCUGUUGAGGCUUUUGUUGGGCGGGGGGAGGCCUAUUUUCUGCUCUGCAAGUUGGGAGGCAAACCUGAUAUCCCAAAAGACUUGCUCUGAUGUGUUUGCAGUUUACGCAAACUCAGCUUCACAGCUCCCGGUUAGAAUCUCAUUGGCCAAGUCCAGCUUGGAGCGCAUGGAGUCCAGCGCAUGGAGCUGGGACACUACCUUGAGUGGAUGUCGGUGCCCCUGAACUGCAGCAGAGCACAGUGGCUUCCUCCUGUGGGAGAGCCGUGGUCCAGACAGGGAGUGAGAGCUGGGCCUUCCUCUUGCUCUGCACUCCCCAAGGAGGAGCAGUGAGCUCCUCCUGAGCACCUUGAAAUACCUUAACCACAAGAGGGAAGACCCGGUUGUGUCCCCGCCCCACCAGCAGGCUGUCCUCCCUCCCCCAGCUCUGCGCCAGCUGUAGCAAGCAAGGUUCCUUAGCAAGUUCCUAAUGCACUGACCGAGCCAUCCCGGGAAGGACUUCUCCAGACAUGACUCCCUCUGGACUUCAGAUGCCUCUGUUGGCAGGGAAAGGCAUUGACUGGGUUGGAUCUAUUUAUGUGACUGCGGGCAUUCGUGGCUGUAGAAUCCUUGACCAUAAUGUUAUAUGUAAUGGGAACUAUCUUAUAAACUUGAAAAAAAUAAAAUUUUUAUUUUCUAUACA